ACUAGCCGCGGCAGCAAAGCUUUUUGCAAAAUUCAGCUGAUAAAAGCAUUUUCUGCAUUUCCAGAAGUUUGUUAUGCUUAAAACUAUUUAUAUGGAUCACAAAUAAAAACUAGCCUUUGCCAAAAAACAUUCACAAUGAACUUUUCUGACAACGAAGCGGAUGAUACAUCAAGUGUAGAUAGUACAUCGAAUACUGACAAUACAUCUCGUAGUGAGACACCAACCAAUUCACGAGCCAAAAAGCGACGACGCGGAAAGAAGAAAGUAAAUAAACAAGUUAAACCGCCUUAUAAAUUUAACUGCAGUGCAAAGGAAGAUCAUGGUCAGCCUUUAUUUGGGUGUCAGUUCAACCACCACCUGGGUGAGAAUGAACCGCCAAUAUUUGCCGUUGUUGGAAGUAACAGGGUGUCUAUCUAUGAAUGCCCUGAGUCUGGAGGUUUCAGGUUUUUGCAAUGUUAUGCUGAUCCUGAUGUAGAUGAGACUUUUUAUACCUGUGCAUGGUCCUACGAAGAGGAAACCAAUUUGCCUCUUUUAGCUGUUGCAGGCUCCAGAGGUAUUGUCAGAAUAUUCCAUCCAGCAACACAAACAUGUAUCAAACACUAUAUCGGCCACGGGCAUGCUAUUAAUGAGGUCAAAUUUCACCCGAGGGAUCCUAAUCUGUUAUUGUCAGCUAGCAAAGAUCAUGCCUUAAGGCUAUGGAACAUCAUGACUGACGUAUGCAUAGCAAUUUUUGGGGGUGUAGAAGGACAUCGAGACGAGGUAUUGAGUGCCGAUUUUGAUCUGAAGGGAGAGAGGAUUAUGUCCUGUGGAAUGGAUCAUUCCCUAAAACUGUGGAGACUAGACAAGCCCUCAAUGAAUGAAGCUAUCAAACAAAGUUACAAUUUCAAUCCACACAGAGCACUGAGGCCUUUCAAUUCUUUGAAGGAGCACUUCCCAGAUUUCUCAACGAGAGACAUACACAGAAAUUAUGUGGACUGUGUAAAAUGGAUGGGUGAUCUCAUUUUGUCUAAGUCCUGUGAAAAUGCUAUUAUUUGCUGGAAGCCGGGUCGUCUAGAAGAUACAGAACUGAGGCCAGGAGACAACUCGGUGACUAUAGUCCACAGAUUUGACUACAAGGAGUGUGAAAUCUGGUUCAUUAGAUUUGCUGUGGACUACAGCCAGAGGGUGAUAGCCCUGGGCAACCAGUGCGGCAAGACGAUGGUGUGGGAGUUGGGCAACGUGGCGGGCGGCUCGCGGGUUUCGCAGCUCGUGCACCCACGCUGCAGCGCCGCCGUCAGACAGGUGACACUAUCUAAGAAUGGUAAAAUAUUACUGACUUGUUGUGAUGAUGGCACAAUCUGGAGAUGGGACAGAGUCAACAACGGAAGUGUGUGAACAACAAAUCUUAAUCAAGAUAAUAAUCAGCCAUGGAAUAAUUGAUAUGAAUGAAAACAAUAAUAUAAUACUUAUUAAGACAUUUGAAAUAAAUCAAUACAAGAACUGAG